GUGGCGCCACACUGCCCGCGCCGGUGGUAAAUGCAACGGAGAGAAAUUCAACUGCGUGAUCUGGACCAGACAGACGGAGGCGGCGGUACCUGCACUGGAGGGGAUUAUUUCGCACAUUUUACACCUCACCGGACAAAGAGAGACUGGAGGGGAAGGAGGGGAGCCUGGAUGUGGGCAGUAUGAGUAAGACGCCCCCUAAUAGAAGAGGGAUAACAUUUGAGGUGGGAGCUCAGCUCGAGGCCAGAGACAGCCUCAAAAACUGGUAUGCUGCUAACAUAGAGAAGAUUGACUAUGAUGAUGAGAAAGUCCUCAUCCACUACCGCCAGUGGAGCCACCGCUAUGAUGAAUGGUUUGACUGGACCAGUCCCUACCUGAGACCCGUGGAACGAAUUCAGCUAAGACGACAGGGACUGCCGGAGGACACUCCCGUGCCUGGUUUUCAUGUCAAUGAUAAGGUCCUGGCCAGCUGGUCUGACUGCCGUUUCUACCCAGCAAAGGUUCUUUCAGUCAAUAAAGAUGCAUCCUACACCGUGAAGUUCUAUGAUGGUGUCAUCCAGACAGUGAAGGAGAUUCACGUAAAGCCUUUUGUUAAAGAGAAAGGUAGUAAGUGUCGGUCCAGCGACAGGACCAUGGUAAGGAAGGUCCCCAAUGGCAGAGACCGGAGGCCUCAGGAGAACGGAGGCCCCAAGAGCAAGCGAGCCAGACGCAGCACGUCCGACCAGGAGGACGAGAGCAACAGCGAGGAUGAGGAUGAUGAGACGUGGGAAGCAGGAACAGCCAGCGAGAAGAACAAGAAAAAAGAUGGUGAGAUGGAGGGCGCUAAAGAUGGAACACCCACCAUCAAACGGGAAGAGGACGUGUCACAGCAUGCGUGCCAGAACAAGCCCAGGGAUGGGGAGAAGGAGACAGGACUCACAAACGGAGUGAAGGAGGAGGAAGAGCAGCAAAAGGAGGAAAACUGUCACUUAAACGGCGAAAUAAAGAAGGAGGAGGUGGAAACAGAACUGAAUGGAACUAAGCCAUACACAGAGGUGCCCAAGCCAUACAUGGAAUUGCCCAAUCAGACAUCAGCACAGACAGAACAAGUGUCUGUCACUAUGACAACCACAGAAUCCAAUGCUGAUGUGGAGCAGAAGCCAAGCAACCAAUCGGAAGGCUCUAAACCUGCAGGGGAGGUGCCACCUGUCCAGCCGGUUAAACCAGUGAGAAAGCAAGGCUUCCACAACCCCAACAGAUUCAGCAGAGAACCAUUAUACCGGGUCAUCAAAAACCAGCCUCCUCCAGUUCUGUCCAUAAACCUCGACCACAACCCUUUUAAGUGCAGCGCUCCCGGCUGCACCAAGUCGUUCCGCAAGGCCAAGCUGCUGCACUACCAUAUGAAAUAUUACCACGGGGAGGACCAGGCUUUGGAAGGAGACCACAGUCCCACCAGGAACAUCCAGACCAGGGCUUCAGAGAAGCAGGCUGCCACCACUGCUGUGGAGGGCCACAAGAGGAGGCGCACCAUCUCUGCCUCGAUGCACCAUGGUGUAUCUGCCCCGGCCUCACGCACUGAAGUGAAGACUGCAGGCAGACGCACAUCAGCCCCUCCUGCUGUCAAUACCCAGGGCCAGCAGCAGAGGGCACUGCUGAGAGAGAAGAGCAAGGAGAACCAGCUGGACAGGAACGGCUGCCAACAGCAGGAGAGAGACACAGACAAGAGUGGCUUUGACAUUGGGUCGGUGAAAGACAGACUGAAAGAGAAACCGAAGCAGAAAGACUUCCUCCGCAUUAAACUAAAGAAGAAGAAAAAGAAAAAGAAGGCCAAGUCUGACUACACAGGUAGUGAGGAGAAUAUUGACAUCUCAGUAUUGGGUCUUCAGUCCAAAUUGAAUUUGCCACUCAAAUUCCCCCUCUCACACAAUCACAAGCCUGAGGCCUACCCCAGCAGGCCCGGAUACAGCCACUCAGAGCAGAUACAUGUUGAUGAUGAGGAUAGCAUCAGUGAUUGGUCCACUGACAGUUGUGGGUGGAGCGACGAUGACUUUGGGGUGGAUUUGGAUGUCACCACGCCGCCCCUGAGCGUGGACUCUGCUGCCCUCGAUACAAGCGAUCAGGAGAUUGUACGAUGUAUCUGUGAGGUGGAGGAGGAGAAUGACUUCAUGAUCCAGUGUGAGGAGUGUUUGUGCUGGCAGCAUGGCACCUGCAUGGGCCUCUUAGAGGAUAACGUGCCAGACAGAUACGCCUGCUACAUCUGCAGAGACCCACCAGGUCAGAGGCAGAGUCUGCGCUACUGGUACGACCGUGAGUGGCUGAGCAACGGCCACAUGUACGGCCUCUCCUUUCUGGAGGAGAACUACUCUCACCAAAACGCCAAGAAGAUCGCCACCACCCACCAGCUGCUGGGGGACGUACACCAUGUGGUGGAGGUGCUCAAUGGACUGCAGCUAAAGAUGAGCGUCUUACAGAGUAAGACCCACCCUGACCUGCGGCUGUGGUGCCAGCCCUGGAAGCAGACGGAGCGGCCCCGGAAGAGCUUCGACUCAUGUCCGGGCACUGACGCGGCCCCGUCCCCGGCAGCACCCGAUGAAGAAAUGAGUCGAGGCGAAAUACUGAUGUCCAAUGCUUUGGAGAAGUUGAGCCGUGCGGCUGCCACUUCGACCUCCUCUUCGUCCUGCUCCUCCUCCUCCUCGCCCUACCUGUCCUUCCAAGACUCAUACAUAAGCAGCGAGCACUGCUACCAGAAGCCGCGGGCGUACUACCCUGCGGUGGAGCAGAAGCUGGUGGUGGAGACCCGGCAGAGCUCGGAGCUGGAGGACAGCAUGAGGAGCACCGAGGACCUGCUGGAGAGGGAGCAGCGCUACGGGGGCCUGCUGGAGACAGACAAGCCCAAAAUCCUCAGUACCACAAACAAGGCUUCAAAUGCUGGCCGAUGGUUCCAGACUGAGGUGAAGGAAGAGGGAGGGGGGAGUCCGGGAGGCACGACAGACGACAGCAGGCAGCAUCAGCAGUGGCAGAUCAACCUGCUGGACCACAUAGACGCAGUGCAGGACGAAGUCUCACACAGGAUGGACUUCAUUGAAAGGGAGUUGGACGUGUUGGAGAGCUGGCUGGACUACACAGGGGAGCUGGAGCCCCCUGAACCGCUGGCCCGUCUCCCUCAGCUCAAGCACCGUAUGAAACAGCUGCUCACAGAACUGGGCAAAGUGCAGCAGAUCGCCCUUUACAGCUCCACAUGAGGGCGCCAGUGAGCAGCUCUGGCCUCGGUCACCACACAGCAUGUAGAGACAAUGCAGAGAACGACACUCGGUGGUCUCUGGUUGGAAUGAUGUCAGUCGAAAAUGCAACGGACAGACUCAGAUUGUUCGGCGCUUUCUCUUGUGGGGGGAAAAAAGAAAGAUGAGCUGCUGUUUCUCCUUUUCUGAAAGGUUCUGUGUGGUGGAAUCCAAUGCUACAGCCAGUGAUCAUAUAACUAAAUAUUUAUAUGAACAUGUAUGGAAAGUUAGCAUCAUGAAUCAGGAUUAUACACAAAAAGUAACCUCUUAAGUGCAGGAGAAAAUCCAUAGGGCCAGGUUAACACUUUAAUGGUUCCCAUGCAACUCCAAACCAUAUGAAUGCCUUUUGUCUAAGCUACUGUUCAAGGUUGCCCUGUUUCUCUCAGUACACAGUGCUUUACAUGCAAAAGCUUUAUAUUCAAAGGUCUCAAUUGAGCUUCUGGUCCAGAUAACCCUCAUGGCCUCUUUGCAAUCAUUUUUGAAUCCAUUGUUAAAAAGGAUUUUUUUUUUUUUUUUUCAAACAAUGUUGCAUAGUUCAGUUUUGAUUGCUGUCAUGCCAUCUUUAAUAGCCUAUGUUUUGCUUUAAAUGUGGACAGAAGGUAACUUGAAGACAUCCAGUAUAUAAUGGCACUGUACACGCUGUCUCUCCACUAAUAUUUCACAUCUUUGGCCCAAAAAAGGGUCAGUUUUAUACUACACUGUGAAGUUAUUUUUGCCUGGAAUCAAAGGCAUCUUAUUUUCAGCUGUAGUCUGAAAAGAUCUUGGUUUUCAUGUUCUGUUUUUUUAACUGUUAUAAUUGUUUUGGCUCCUUUCUAAGAAAGUCCUCAUUGAUGUACCUAUUAUAUCAGUUAAUCUUUAAGUGUUUGUCAUUUAAAGUAUCCCUUACUUCCAUUUACUCUUGCAUCGUUGUUGCUGUAGCACUUGACAUAUGACUCGCAGAAAACUGUAUGUGGACUUGUCUCCUCUAAACUUAGCAUCUUGUGCUUUGUCAGUGACAGAUACUACUCAGCUGACCUGUAUAUUUCUUUCCCUUCUUGAUUCUGUUUCACCUCUUUAUUUGAAGUAUUUUCUAUUCUUUGUAAAUACGUCAUUCAACAAAUGUGCUCUUCCUGGGAUCUUUGUAUUGAAAACAUUCUCCAAAAAAAGGAUAAUAUUGUAUGCUACUGUACUGUAAGUGUCAGGCUUAGAAGCAGGGGAGAUGUCAAAAACAAUGCAAACAGAUUUGCUGGUACAUAAAUAAAGUAUCAUUGUUAUUAAUAGCCUA